CCCCCCUUCUCUGCUUCCUCUCUAUCUCAAUUCUCAUCGGCCGCCGCCCUUCCUUCACACAUGGCUAUGGCUGUGCUCCGAGUUCCCGUGCGACUGGAGGAGUUCGGUUUGAGUAGGCGGCAGCCAAAGCAACAGCAGCAAGUUGGUGAGUUGGAGUACGAUGGAGUGGCGGUGGUGAUAAAGAAGGAAGAUCACGAAGAGGAAGCGGCGGCGGCGGCGGCGGCGGCGGCGGCGGAGGAGGAGGAGGAUGGUCCGUUGCAAGCAGACGUUUGGAAGGCAAUCCAGGCGAAGAAGACAGCCGCCGAGCCGCUGCUUCCUCCCUACGUUCACCCUCUCGUAAGGCGUUCCUCCAGCUCCAUGAGCCAGAGGAGUCUUAAUACGUGCACCGAGAGACUCGGCUCCGAAACUGGCUCCGACGACUUCUCCGACUUCCUCGAAUCCCUCGACCUCGACCUCAGUUCUGAGGCUGAGAAAGAACUCGGAGAAAAAGAGGAAGAGGAGGUGGAGUCGGACGCCGAUGGUUACACGGACCAGGAAACAGAGGCGCCGCCGCCGCCGGCGCUACGCGAGGUGAACUACCAUCGCUCCAACGGGAAACGAUCGCGGGAGAGGUGCUUCCCUCCCCCUCUUCCGUCCAUCUCCAGCCGCCACACGCCCUGCCUGCACGUGAGGCCCCGCCGCUGCGACGGCCGCCUCGUCCUCAACGCCGUCCACGCGCCUUGCCUGAACUACCUCCAAGCCCAACGCGAGGACGGCCGCCUCCUCCUUUCCUUCAUCGGCGCCGCCUCCGACGCCGCUAAAACUAACACGGAACAGACCCAACCCGAAGAAUCCAAAGCCGUAGACGAGCCCGAGGAAGAGGAAGAAGAGGAGGACGAAGAGGAAGUGGAAGUCUUCGACAGGGGAACCGUCGUCGAGUUCAAAGUGAGCCAACAACAGAGCGGCUCCGGCAAGGUCCUCCGUUCUUCGAUCGUCAUCAACAAGUUCGUCGGCGGCGGCAAGUGCGAGGCCGAAAAAGACACCGGCCAAAUGCAGAGCAACGUUGCAGAAUCGCCUCACACGUCGACGCCGCGUCGUGCGCCGGCGCCAACCAGCGCCACCGCGGCAGCUGCCGUGGUCGUGACCUCCACCCUCAGCUCCACCGGUGACGGGCGCGACCAGAUGCCGGAGGACAACAAGUUGCUAUUCACGUCGAAGAAACGCGACCGGGAGGAGAUGCUGCGGAGCAUGAGGAGGUGCAGCAGCGAGCUGCGCAUGCCAUUGUUCAUCUGGGACCCAUGUUGCAUCGCCACUUCCUAAUCAAUAAUUUAGCGGCACUAAGAAAUUAAAUAGGGAUCUUAACCAUAAAUUUAAAAUAUAAUUACUCAGAAAUAUACAGUUAAUUACUUAAUUAGGGUCGACUAUCUGUCAUCUACGUACUCAGCUUAUCUUAUAUGUAUCCAUCGAUACCAUGAUUAUAUUAAUGAGAGAUUUAAUAUUACUAGAAUUAGAUA